AUGAUUCUGUUCAUAAUCCUUGCUGUGCUGAUUACUCAGCUAGAUGCUUGUGGUGGAGGCUCUGGAUGUUGCCAGUCGCAGCAGCCACCACCGGUAGCUUCUUGUGGUAGUGGAUGUCAACCUGGCUACAGCUGUGGUACGUACGGCUGUACGAAGAGAAGAGUCUUGUCAUCUCUAACUAGGAGAAUCGAUGGCGUCAUAAUUGGAGACGAAACUGGUGAACAAGCCCGUACACCGCCACUGAAGUCGAAGUAUUUACAGCCUACGACUAACGUCUCCAUUGAGCAGUUGAUGAAUCCGAACUUCAUCUUCCACUCCUGCUGCGAAGCACGUGGUCUUCCUGACUCUUGCCUCCAUUAUUGCCACUUCGAUACCUACACAGCAAAUGCUCUGGAACGCAUGUACAGGAAAGAAGACAAGUGUCCUAUCGAAGCUGCACACGAAAUCCACUACUGCGCUGCUCAAGGAAUUGAUCACACUAAGUGCUGUGCAAGAAGUGGUGUAGCCGAUACUGUAGCAGGGGACAAAUGCCUGUCUUUCUGUGAUCAACGACCGAAUAGAUUAACUCCACUUGAUGUGUCGUACCUGCCAUGCUAUGACAUCUUCGAAAAUAUGAAGCGCUGUUUCUUCACGGCGAUCCGAGCGAAGGCGCAAGAGAAGUUUGGCAAGGGCAGAACUUCUCGUUUGAUUGACCAGGGCAGUGCUGACGGCGAAUUCUAG